UGAUGUACAUUUCUACUUUCGUUUUAUUGUUGAUCACAUUUACUUCCCGAAGAGUAACGUUGUUAUGGCUUUUAUAUAAACAAUACGCAAAGGAUGAUUUGAGUUGAAAACUCAUGCUAUGGCGAGUAAAUCGAGUAAUAAGGGUAAACAAACCAAAAAGAAAAUCAACUCAGCCAGUCCUAAAGCACCGGUAAACCCAUCACCACAUCAAGGUGAAAUUAGCAACGAUUUCCUGAAAGACCUUUACGACGCCCAAAUAAAAAGAGACGAAGACACCAUCAAACAAUUAAAAGAGGAAAAUGAGCGAUUGAAAAGUGAAGUACAAAGACUUUCCGAUGAGAAUAAACGUAUAAAGAGUGAACAAAAUGAAUUUAAAGAAGGUUCUACACUCAAAAGUGACCCUUCCACAAAUCGUGAAAAUGCCGAUGAGAAAAUGCAAAGCCUUAGAAAACAGCUUGAUAAUAUGAUUCUACAUCAUGACGAGAAUGAAAAAUAUUUGACUGAAGCUCAGGACGAAAUCAAAACAUAUAAAUCCAAAGCAGAAGAACUGGAAAGACAAGUGUCAGUAUUACAAAGGUAUUUAAUAGACGGGCUUUUCGUUAGAUUCUGA